AUGUCUCUCCAGGGUUUGAUUUCUGGAUCUGAAUGUGCCGUACCGCUGAACCCGCUCUCCCAAGUUCUUAAGCACACAGAAGGAGACAGAAGCUUGCAGCAGGAUCGUGUAGCUGGCUCUUCAUCCUCCCGACUCCAGCACCUUCCUGGGUCAACUCCAGCUCAAGCCGCAGAGCAAGAUGUCGCAAUGGCACGUCAGUUUUUUGAAGGACAGCAAAGACCAGGUGGUCCCGCCCUUGUUGCGCCCCCGUAUCUUCACUCCGCAGAACUUGCUCGCAUAGCGGAAAUGAAUAGACUUCCUGAAUUCAAUGAAGCAUGGACCAUGGAAAGAUCUCAUCAGCCUCUAAUGCAGAAUAAUGUGACCCAAAGCUCAUGGGCAAAUGAAUUCGGCGGCGCUCAGCAGCAGCCCAUCGGUGGUCCCUCCAUGCAACAUUCAAUUGCUCAGAUGCCUGAAACUCAGAGACAGCAGUUUAUUGGUUCACAUGGGAUGUAUGGAUCACCUAUGGGCUUGUAUGGGAAUAUGGGACAAUCGUUCUUUCAGGGAUACAAUGCUACUCCCCUGAAUGUAGACGCGAGUAAAGGAAAGGGCAAAGCUCGCGAAGCCGAUUAUGAAGCUGCUUUUGCUCAAGCGGCUGCAUCUUUGCAAAAUCAACAAGAAUCCUCCUCUAGGAUUGUCGAACUGGAUGAUACUGCGGCUAGCUUGGAGCAGGCCAUGGAGAACAUCAAGCUUGGAGAUUCUGAAUUGACGAACGCGGAAUUCAAGGACGUCUGGGAUCACCUGCAAAACUCAGAGAUACCUCCUCCCGCAGAAGAUAUCGGCAAAUGGGAAGCACAGUUCAAUCAACUCAUGGGUCGUGAUCGCGAGGAGCUCGACCAAGACUACUCCACGGCUAUGGAAGAAGCAUGGAAUGAUGGACUGGGAAAUUAUGAUGGGAGUGCUCAGCCCCUCGAAUCCAAGUAUAACGAUGAUGGGAUACCUAUCCUGACCGAAUAUGUGUUCGAGCCAAACAACAAAUAUCUCGACAAAUCUUCGUCUGGUCGGUCACCACUGAGUGAGGCAAAGGCUUUUCUGGAGCAGGGUGGUUCGCUAUCUGAAGCUGCCCUUCUACUCGAGGCUGCUAUCCAGCAAGGAGAACUUGGCGAGGGCGGAUAUGAAGCAUGGAUACUUCUUGGUGAAACCAGAAACAUGGACGAACGUGAAGACCUUGGCUUGCGUGCAUUAACUGAAGGAGUUCGCCGAUCAGAAACCGCCAAUGCCAACGGAGCAGGCAUGCUAUCCUUGGCAAUCUCGUACACCAAUGAGUCUUACGACCGGGCUUCUUAUAACAUGCUACUGCGAUGGCUGCGAGUCCGAUAUCCGGAUUUCCCGAUACCAGAUGAGACCCAAAAGGCUGUGUCGUUGCACUCAACAUGGGACUCUCAUGAGAAGCUUACGGAGACCUUCCUUACCCUGGCACGACAGCAGUAUAACCAAGGGAUCGUUGAUCCGGAAACCCAGAUUGCACUUGGCGUAUUAUUUUAUACGACAAUGGACUACGAACGGGCAAAAGAUUGUUUCGAGAGCGCCUUAUCACAGCGCCCCAGGGAUUACCUACUCUGGAACCGUCUGGGCUCCUCUCUUUCCAACGGAAAUAAACCCGAGGAAGCCCUUGGGGCGUACAGGGAAGCUUUGAAUUUGCGCCCUACUUACACCCGUGUUAUUUACAACGUUGGGGUCGCGUGUCUUAACAUAGGAGCGCACAAAGAGGCGGCCGAACACUUCUUGAGUGCACUCAGCAUGCAGGAGAGCACAGGUGGCGGUCAAACUAGUGAUCAGCUGUGGUUUACCCUGAGGCGUGCCUUUAUCGCAAUGGACCGCAAUGAUCUUGCUGAGUUGGCUAAGCCUGAGAGCCGGUCAAACUUAGAUCUCUUUCGGCAGCAAGGGUUUGAUUUCUAG